UGCCCUCGGAGUAAUAAGCCCGUGUUUAAAGCGCUGUGAUCACGGAAUCAGUUCCUCUCUGCACUCACUGCAGUCAGUCAACGGACCUUCAGUUUGAUACACCAGUCAAAAGAAAACGUGUCUGGAGAGCGCAAAUCUACUUGGUACAGUAGCGUUAAACUACUUUGGAAACUUCCUACUUUUCUUCUUUUGAUAGAAUCAGGUGCUUCCGGUGUUUAUUAGGCUACAUUACGGAACUUUUACGGAGCGUUUUUUCUGACUUUUUUUUUUUUUUUAAGUUUACCUUAGAGCUGGAAAGUCCGGCUGAGUGUUUUGCUCUAGCCGGGACGGCAGCCGCUGUGCUCUCUCUCUGUGACUCUAGCUGUGUGCUCGUAUAGCCUACUACUUUGUGCAUUGCAAUCCGUAUGUCCACCAAAAUGGAGCAGCCUUUUUAUGAUGACUCGUUUCUCUCUGCUUAUGGUCACCCAGAAGCCCUGCACGACUUCAAGUUCCUCAAGCAGAACAUGAACGUGACCUUCGCCGAGCCUUACCGGAGCUACAAGACACACCUGCGCGCGCCCACCACCACCGCCACCGCCACCGACUCGGACUUCUUCAAUCCGGCCAACGCGGACGCGGCAGCGGCAGCGGCGGCGGCGGCGGCAUCGCUCAAACUCGCCUCACCUGAGCUCGAGCGGCUGAUCAACGGCAACGGCGUCAUCACCACCACGCCCACACCUGGCCAGUACCUGCCCGGGUACCACCACCACCACAGCAGCGUCAGCCGGGGACUCGCCACCGAGGACCAGGAGGGCUUCGUGGACGGCUUCGUCAAAGCUCUGGACGAGAUGCACAAGCUGAACCAGAUGGCGCCUCCCCCGAACGUGUCCAUCGGCGCGGGCGCCGGCGGAAUGUCCACCUGCUCGUCGGUGGCGUCCUCGGUCUUCGCCGCGUCGCUGGCCGCCGCCGCGGACAACCCCAUCUACACCACGCUCAACUCCUGCGGGCCCAACACUAACCUCACGCCAGCAGCGGCCACGCACGCCAGCUACCCAACGACCACCAUCAGCUACCUGCCGCACCACCACCACCACCACCACCCGCACUACCCUCCUCAUCAACAGACCUCCGCGCACAUCCCCUUCCACCACCAGCACGCGCUGUCCGGCUCCGCGCUGCAGCACGGCUCGCAGCGGCUCGUGUCGCUCAAGGAGGAGCCGCAGACGGUGCCGGACCUGCUCAGCAGCGACGACGGCGGCUCGCCCCCGAUGUCUCCCAUCGACAUGGAGGACCAGGAGCGAGUCAAGGCCGAGCGCAAGAGGCUCCGGAACCGGCUGGCGGCCACCAAGUGUCGCAAGCGCAAGCUGGAGCGCAUCGCGCGCCUGGAGGACAAAGUGAAAGUGCUCAAGACGGACAACGCCGGCCUGUCCAGCGCGGCGACGCUUUUGCGCGAGCAGGUUGCGCAGCUCAAGCGCAAGGUGAUGACUCACGUCAACAGCGGGUGUCAGUUGGCACUAACGCCGAAAAUCAAAUCGUACUGAAGAAGUGGAUGUGUUUAAAAAAAAAUAAAGAAAAAAGACUUUAUCUGCAACGGUUAUACAAAGCCACGAGCUUGACGGCACUGAAUUCACGCACAUGAAAACAUUCCACGUCUGAAGUUGUGUUUGUAGACUCCACAUGUUGAAUAUGUCGAUAGUUUGUGUGCGUGUUUGUUUAACAAAUGACUGUCAGAUCAACGGUACCUCUGAAGCCCAAAGGCAAGGAAACACUCGGAACGAUUGCGUUCAGCUCAAUCUUUUAUUUCAGUUAUAUUUGUUUGGUCAAUAUUUUUUUACAUUCAGUCCUUUGAAUUGUAUAUGUAUUAUGUAGCCUAUCACUUGGACAAUUUAUUUUGUGAAUGUCAAGAAUAAGUUAUUGUGUUUGUUGUCAGGUUGAUCCCGACCCAAGUUUAUGAACAAAGUGUUUUUUUUUUAUUAUUAUUAUUUGUUUUUUAUUUAAGUAAAACAACUGGAAAUUUAAACUUACUCUCUGUGUGAUUGUAUUGGGAUAGUUUGGUUACAGUGUAAAGUAUAAGCUAUACGCUAUUUAUGAAUAACCUAUACAACAUGUUCUCACUUUUGAGGCACCAAAUAGUUAAAAGUACAUCAACAGAAACCACUUACAGAAACGUCCCUGACGUCGCAGACGAGCCCACGUUGGGUAGUUUUUCCUGUUGACGCACGGUCCAUAUAUGGGCAGUUUUGGGAUUUUGCGUCAUAUGUCUGCCGGGAACUCCCGCCUACAAUACCGGUUAAGAGGGGCCCGGACUGUUUUUUUUUCUCUCUCUCUCUGCGAGUCUUUGACGUUCAUGAAUGGGGCCGCGGCGAGGAGGGAGAAAAACAGCGCGCGGGGAGAUUCCCCGCGGCUCGCAGGGACGCCACAGCUCGCACUAUACGUUCCCAAAACAGUAUCGGCGAAAGCGCGCUCGUUUAAAAAUACACACAUACGCACGGGCAUUUUCCAGGUAGGCUCGAAAGUUCCAAAAUAACGCUCAGCUCGAGAGGAGACAAACAACAACGGUGUGCUUCUCUGGAACGGAGACAUGUUCCAAUGGCCCGGACGUAAACAACAAAAUGGCCAGCGAAAUUUUAGCUAGAAAAAAACGACACAUUUUUAUCCUCACUGGUAAUUUCUGAGAGUAGAAAAUAGUCAAAUAACGACAUGUAAAGUGGCACAUUGCAGGCACCGAGACAGGGAUUGCCCUCUUCAUCUGAACUAGGCCUACUCUUUCAAAAGAAGAACAAACAACACUUUUGUUUUAACACGUAUUUAAUUAGGCACGCCAUUAGACAUAACAUCACCCAUCACUCAGACUGAAUUUAGAGCCUGACAGCUAAUCAGUCCGUUUGUAGGCUGGUUUGCGUUAAAGACGCUAAUCAUCAGCCUUAACUUUACUUUUAAGACGCAUCAUGAACUAUUUUCUUUAUGGUUCACUUUAUACAGCAGUUGCUCACAUCGAACAUGUCUAAAGUAAUACCAACAAGCACAAUCCUCAAAAUAAAUCAAAGUAGGCCUAAAUUAGGCCAAUGAUGCCAACGAUCUUUGGUCUUACCAUAGUACCAGGACCAGGCCUUCCUCAAACUGUGAUUACUUGUCUGAACCCAUCCAACAAGCUCUCUCUCACACUCACACUCACACACACACAAUCAAUUCUGUGCAAAUAAAUGGGAUUUCUUGUUACCCACAAACUGUGAUUACUUGUCUGAACCUCUAGCCCCAUCCAACUCUCUCUCUCUCUCUCUCUCUCUCUCUCUCUGUCUGUCUGUCUCUCUCUCUCCUCUAACACACACACACACACACACACACACACACACACACAAAUAUACACCUAAUCAACGCUGUACACAUAAUUGUUCGUUACCCACAUGCUGUGAGAGCAAAGAUGAAACCAGAGCCGUUCUUGCACUUGAAAAGACCUAGACGUGGCCGUGGAAUUCAAACCAGUCGGAGGUCUUCAUGGCCCUGGAACAGCACAUGUAGCCUAUACUCUGUGAUGGAUGAAAGAGUAUGUGUGUGUGUAUGUAUGUGUGUAAUUAUGCAUUUAUUAAUAUUAAUAUGAUGAUUAUGAUCAUUAUCAAUAAUAAAAUAGGCGAUGUCAUUGUGAUGGACAUUAAGGCUUAACAUUUUAAAUUCCCAUGAUCAAAUUGAACCAUUGUAAAUUGUUUAUAUGAUGUCUGUCGUUCAAUGUCUACAGCACCUUGAGUUGCACUUGUGCCAGUAAGCAAAAAUAAAGUUGACCUUUGUCAUUA